GGUUAUUAUUACUGCAGAGUCUUGGAUAGAGAGAGCAUAGAGGAAAGAUCUCGCAAAGUCUUCACCUUUCAACCUUGCUCUGUUGAUUUCUUUGUUAGCCUUUGGACAAGAGGGCGAAGUGUGUGCGUUUUGGUGUAGUUGAAGAUCUGUUGAGAACUCUCGGAAGAUACUAACAGCAAAAUGGGUCUCUAGUUCCUUCUUGUAAAAACCCAAAGCCUGCUUUAGAGUCUUCAACGUUUGAACAAAAAUGCAUCUGUGGCCGUCAUUGAAACUUAGAAACUCUUUCAAGAGCACUAGUAAGAAGAGAUAUCAAAGGACUAACAGCAAUGGGCAAAACAGUCAAAACAAUCAACAGAGACUCCUAGAAUCUGGCCCUGAGAGUCCAUCUGGUAGCUGGUUUGGUGUUGUCUGCAGAGACCUUGCCAUGGUUCUCUCUUGCUGCUUCUGUUGUUUCUGCUGCGGUGGUAAACCUUCUUGAAUCUUUUUUUUCUCUUUUUAGCAAUUUGCUCUUUUGUAUAUGUCUCCGGAUGAAACUUGAUCAGCUCCUAUAUCUGAACCAAACUAGUGACUUGAUUUUCUCAGACACAAGUAUUGAAUGUUGAUAACCAUUCUAGUUUUUUUGUAUGACCCUUGAGCGUUAACAAAGGAUUAGCUAAACUGUAGGUUUCUUCUUCUCUUUUGAAUCAUUUGUUUCAAACUAUUUCAGCUUGCAUUGAUGAGGAAGAGAAUUGAUGCUAAGCUGCUCCCACUGGAGGAAAAGAUAAUCAUAGCUCUUUAAAGAAAAACACAAGUCUCUCUCAAAAUGUAACAUAUUGUUUCUGUUGACUUUCUGAAUUGUAUAUUUAGCUUUCUACAACAACUAUUAUUAUACAAUAUUAAAGUUGUAUUAGUGGUUACAGUACUGAUUACUGAAUGCCUUAAUGAUCUGCCACCACACACACACAAGCAGCUUGUAAUCAAAUCUCAAAAGCACAUUUGUUAGCUUGUUGGUGAUUCCUUAUCCAUAGCUUCUUCCCAC